UUAGAAUUAAAUUGUUCGCGAUGUCGAUAUAGGUUGGUUAUGAUGUUUGUAAUUAAAUUUAUUUUUUGUAAAACUCUAUAAUAUAUUGUAACUAUUUUUUCAUAAACUACAAACGAUAAAGAUGAAAGAAAAAUGGAAUUUUAUUAUAUACCUUGUUUGGUUUUCAUAUCUUACAUUAUCGGCAGUUCUCAUGUUUGGUCAGGGUUUCUUACUGUCUCGCAAAACUUUAAAUGAUAUAUCUGAAUGCGUGCCUUUGAACAAUUUUGGGUGUGACGGACGUCAAAACUCAAGUGAAAAACUUAUUUGCACAGAGGAUAUUAAAAUUCAACGAAUUUUAACAAACUCUGGUUCGCCUAUUGUAUGCGCUGCUAAGAAACAUAGAGUGGCGUUUGUUUUAGUGGAUGCUCUGCGAUAUGAUUUUACCGAAUUUAAUCUUGAUAAUCAGGAACCUUUGUAUUAUCAAAAUCGACUGCCCGUUAUACAAAAGACAAUCGAGCGAUGGCCAGAUCGUGCUCGAGUUUUUCGAUUUAUGGCAGAUCCGCCAACUACAACGCUGCAGCGGCUAAAAGCGUUUGUGACUGGGUCCUUGCCAACUUUUAUUGAUGCUAGUUCAAACUUUGCUGCCAUUGAAAUACAAGAAGACAAUGUUAUUGAUCAGAUAGUUAAAGGUGGUAGUAAAGCUAUAUUGCUGGGAGACGAUACUUGGAUGCGUUUAAUUCCCGGGAGAUGGUUACGAUCUCAUGCUUUGUACUCUUUCCAUACUUGGGAUCUUGAUACAGUUGAUAAUGAAGUGGAUUCUAAGAUUUAUGAUGAACUGGUGAAAAAUGAUUGGGACCUCCUUGUAGCUCAUUACCUCGGUGUAGACCAUGCAGGUCAUAGAUAUGGCCCAAAUCAUCCAGAGAUGGCAAGGAAACUGAGUGAAACAAAUGCAAGGCUAGAGAAAAUCAUUGAAUUGUUACCGUCUGACACUAUACUCUACGUUGUAGGUGACCAUGGCAUGACUGAAACAGACUCACAAGAAUGGAAUGAUUUAAAGGGUGACCACGGUGGAGAAAGUAAAGCUGAACGUACGGCAGCAUUAUUUGCUUAUCACAGUUCAGGAUUUAGUGGUGAUGAGUCCGAUAGACAAUCUGGUAGAGAAGUACAGCAGACUGACUUAGCUCCGACUCUUAGUGCUGCCUUAGGAAGACCACCACCAGCUCCAUCUCUAGGAAACCUAUUGUUUCCUAUAUUACCAAAAAUGCCUACAACUCACACGCUGUUGCACUUGACCAAUAAUUUAAAACAGGUGACCCAAUAUUUAGUAAGAUAUGGGGAAGAGUCUCAGCAAAUUGCACUAGACAGACUUGCGUACUUAAUUAAUGCCACCAGAGAUCAGAUUGAUAAGGCAUCAAGUGUGAAAACGGAAGAAGAAUUAAAAGAAUACAUAUCAAAUGUUGGGUCAUUAAUGGACAGCAUUCGCAGCGUGUUUAGAGAAGUUUGGGUCGAAUUUGAUUCUCUCUCAAUGCUGAGGGCUCUACUUUUGUUACUUCUUACCAUUUUCUUUAACUGGAUCAUCAUAGAAGGCAUUCCAGCUGUGCGCAUUCCCCACGUAUUCGCUAGCUCUUUUGUCCCGACAGGGCUUAUAAGUAUGGCUGUUUGUAUAGGAAUUUGUUACACAGGACAUUAUUUGGAAAUCAUCGAAGAUUUAGGACACGCUAUUGUCUUAAGUACAGGACUAAUAUCUGGGACGGUUACCUGUAUACUAGUAAUAAUGCAUUGGGAUGGUAUCACGCAAAGAUGGUACGAAGGCCGAACGCAGUUUUACGAACGUUUUGCUCGAUCAGCCUUAUUUGCAUCUGCAACAAUUUUAGUGUCAAAUAGUUAUAUAAUAGAAGAAGGAGCGACUUUGUCAUUUCUCUCAUUGACUAUAUUAGGGUUAAUGGCCUGGAAUAUUAGUAAUAUGAAAGCUUUGGUUAUAUGGGUUGCCUUUGGUAUUGUAAUGGCAUUGACAAGAUCUUACAGGGGGUGUAGGGAAGAACAGGGCGACUGUUGGACGUUAGGUGAAGGGGUAGCGACUGGAAACGCAUCAAGGGCUGCUCUAGUUAUUGCUUUAGGGUCUGUAGCAGCUGUAGUGGCUGUUUCAAGACGUCAUAUAGAGUGGAGGGGAUAUGGAAUAGUUAUUGCAGGUAUAUUCUCUUGUGCCCAUUGGGCAGUUGGGUGGGGUUCCCUAGGUUCUCCUAGUAGAUCAAAGAUGUUAGCAAGAGGAGCGUGGUUAGUUAUAGUGACUACGUUUAUUCUCCUCUGGAAGAGGGAUGGUAAAGGGGCUACUUUACCCUUGGUUGUGUUCGGGCUUUUGCUAUAUCUUGCAAAUGCAUUAGUAUUAGGUGCAGCGUAUGCUCCGACCGCUGGUCUGGCAUUGAUUUCAGGAUUUUUAGCUCUGAACAUUGUAUCAAUGUUGAAGACUGAAGGCUCAGUUAAGUAUUCUUUAGCAACAAGAUGUAAUUCAAGUAUGGCUUGCCUAUGGGCGCUGUUAGCGUCAUAUCACUUCUACGGAACUGGUCAUCACGCUACUCUGAGUAAUGUACGAUGGGCGGCAGUUUUCCAUGCCGGGGAUCCGAAUUAUACAUCCUUUGGAACACCUAUAUCUGUCGCUUUGAUGUUUAUUUAUUUGUUUGGAAUGCCUUUGAUGUUCGGUGCGACAGUACCUCUGCUGGCUCUGUGGGGACGUAACGGCGCGUCCACACUGGGGCCUCGAACGCAGCUAGCUGCAGUCUUCUCACUGUGUCUUAAAUUUUCUCUAUGUUUUGCUAUAAGAGUUUUUGCAUGUAUACUAUCAGCUACAAUCCACUGUCGUCAUCUUAUGAUUUGGGGUAUCUUCACACCGAAGCUAAUAUUCGAAGUUGGAUCCUGUAUAGCCGCUUUACUCGGGACCCUCAUAGGAGCAAUAGUAACUGCUUGGCAUUUACCAACCCAGACAAGAUCGAGUUGACACAAGUGAUUUGGCUAAUAAAACUGACUUUUAUUCUGAUAUAACAGAUAUUUGAAAAAAAAAACCAAAAUAAAAUAGAACGGUAUAGUUUCAAAUCAGUUGCACUCUAUGCAGAAAGUGUUGCCGAAAUCUCAAAGUUCACUAAAAUAGAAGAAACUAAGAAUAGGAGUUAGAUUGUACUAGUGUCAUAAUGCAACAACGCAGCUAGUGUUAAACUACUCUCCGAAAAUGAUGCGUACUUUUUUAAACUAUCAAAUAUUGAGACAUUUUUAAACUACUGUAUGUAAAAUAUUAAUGUAUUAUACUAAACAAAUGUUUUGCGGAAAUCAAUAAUAUAGACCAAUCUUUAAACACUUCGUACAAGUAGUAUUAUGUAUAUAAUGCUUGUAAUAAAGAUUUUUACACAUUAUAAUGGUUAUUCCUACAAAUUGUAAGAAUUAUGUUGUUUGCUUGCAAUUGGCAAUUAAAUGAUAGUUAAAGUAGGUAUAGAUACGUUGAGAAGUAUUAUUAAAUGAAAUUGUUUCUUAUGGUUGGUAUGUUAUACAAGUAUUCUUUUUAAUGUUAGCCGAGAAAGUUCUUAUUAAACUUUGUUGUUGUUUUAUAAAUAUUAAUUAGCUUAACGAAAGGGCCAAAGGUAUUUUAGAGUAAUAAGUAAUGAUAUGAUAUUAUUUCUAUUUUGCUUUUACGCUAUGUUAGCUUCAUAUCUUCUAUAUAAAUUGAAACGAAACGCAGAAAUAACUGCACUAUAGAGAAUUCUUUUUUUUUCUGUGUUGAUUAUUGGUAAGAUAGCAGCACGACGUUCAGGACAGCUAAUAAUUAAUAGUUAUGAAUUUAGUACCAAGGUAUGAUUUUUGUACAGACAAGUUAUGAUUUAUAAAUUUACAUUAGACAAAUGGAAAUGAAAUUAUUACAAUGAGAUAUUAUAAUGACAGGAUUUAUGACUACAGGUUUAAUUAUGUUUAAAUUAUUUCAGCAAAGCUGAGAAUAUUCAAUUUUCUAUUUAUUACUUAGUUUUUAUUGAUGCAGUUAAUAGAUUAAAUAAUUUUUACCUUUAAGACAUAUUUUUCUAAUAUAUCUCUGUCUUUAGGAGUAAAA